AUGGUUGACGAGAAUGCGGACAACAGUAGACAAGAGUCCACCUUAAUGUAUCAUUAUCUCAGAGACAGGCACAACGUUUUCAGCAGGGCAGCUUUCGGAAGGACUGCAAGCCAAGAAAAGACGCUGAGUUCCAUUUUCAGAAGGACAAAGAGUACGUCACAAAUCACUGAGAAAACAGAGAAUGGAGAAGAUUGCCAGGUACAAACUUUGGACACGCCAGACAAGUGGUGUAUCUAUCAGGUUCCCAGCAAACUCCGCAAAGUAAAUGAAGCAGCAUACACUCCUCAAUUACUAUCAAUAGGCCCUUUCCACCAUGGCAAACCAGAACUGAACAACAUGGAGAUCCAUAAAAGGAUAUGUUAUAAGAAGUUUCUUGAACGUUGUAAGAAGACUGAGGAUGAUUUAAACCAAUUUAUCAACAAGCGUAAAAAAGAAGUUCUUAGUUGUUACGCAGGGACCAUUAAGCUUUCCAUAAUCUCUGCAGACAUAAUUGCGGUUGAUGCCUGCUUCAUCAUCGAGCUCUUUUUAAGAAACUACGAAAAUCAUGAAAAUGAUUAUAUAUUGAGUUCACCAUGGCUGAGGAAAGCUGUAGAGCAGGACUUGAUAUUGAUUGAAAAUCAGCUUCCUUAUUUUCUUCUUCAAGAACUAUAUCAGAACCUUCCUGUGCCUGUCCCUCCCCGCAAAAAAGAAGAAAAAGAAGAACCGACUCAUAGACAGAGCAGUACCAAUGACCUCCAGUGCUGCUUGCCUCGCUCCUGGCGGAUACCUUCCAAUGAUCUUUCCAUAGAGAUUGACAAAGCCAAACCCGCUGAUGACGAAGCCAUUCUCCUGGUUGACCUUACCUGUGAGUUCUUCAAAGAACAUACUCAGGGGAAAUCCGUCAAGAAUCUACCUCCGCCGAAACAUUUCACCGAUUUGGUUAGGCAUUUUCUAUGUCCUGACGAACCAAUGUCUUGUGAACAUGGUGUCGAAAAUAUAUAUGCUGCAAAGAAGCUGAGGGCAUCAGGGGUGAAGUUUACGCCACUUAAAGAGAAAACCUUCUUGACCAUAGAGACAGAUCAGGCCACUAAAGGUAAGCUCAACUUAGCAUUUUUUCGUAAUCUGAACUUGAAGCUUACGCCAUUUAAGUUCAAGGAUGAGACAGAAUGGGUUGUUCGGAACAUCAUGGCCUUGGAGCAGUUUUUGUAUCCAAACAAUCCUUAUAUCUGCAAUUACUUUUUGCUUAUGGAUCAGCUGGUGGACACUGUGGAUGAUGUGGAUUUGCUGGUUGAGAACGAAGUAAUUAUUAACAUGCUAGGCCGCAACAAAGCAGUGGCGAAGCUGGUUAAUAGACUUUGCCAGCAGAUCAACGAAGAUAAAUUCUGCUAUUCUCAUAUCGGUCGACAGCUUAAAGAUCACUAUGACAAUAUUUGGAACCAUAAUGUGGCAACCCUGAAACGAGUUUACUUCAAGGAUCUCUGGACGGGCAGUUCAACUGUACUUGGAGUUUUCGUCCUGCUUUUCUCGAUCAUUGGAACCAUUAAGUCUCUCAAGUCGUAA